AUGGCCGCAGAGGAGAGGGAGUUCGUCGAGUGGACGGGAGCUACUGGGGGGUCCAGCGACGCCGGUGCUGGGGUCCCCCUUGUUGAAGACGUGGUCGAGGAGUCGGCCGAAGAGGAGACCGAGGUGGAUGACUCCUCGGCCCCGGGGAGGAAACGUGUCCUGCGGCGGGCUAGCUCCGGCGAGCCGGUCCGGCCCGGCAGGACCACGCAGCGGCAACAGGCCCAUGCGCCGCCCGCGCACCAGACGAGGGCUGCGGCAGUGCAGAAGGCUGCGGCUGCCGCCUCUUCCUCAUCCAAGCGGCGCAGGACGCCUUCGCCUUCCCCUCACCUUGCGUACGCCGCCCCGGAGGCCAACUUCGAUCUUGGGUCCGUCAGCCCGAAGAGGAAGAGGAGGCCAGCGGAGGAGGACGAGAGGAGAGCGGCAACAGAGGAGCCGCUGAGGGCCGCCCCCGACACACCGCCCCCAUCGACCACGCCACCCAGAGGGGCGUCCCCAGCAAGGGCAUCUACCACCGAGCCCACGCGCACGGAUGAAGAGGAGGCGAGCUUGAGUGCUGGUGGCUCCUUUCCGGCAACGAACGUUGGCGGGGAGGGAACCACUUCUUCUCAGCUUGGCACGGACCCUCCCUUGAUGGACCAGGAGGAUAUCGACACCAUCAUCGAGGAGGUCACCAAGGAUGCUGCUGGGGAAGCCGCAAGUCCGCCGCCGAGGAGGCCGCCAAGGGGCCUGCCGGGGAGACCGGCGAGACCGUUGCUAGGGAGGCCGACAAAGGGGCCUGCCGGGGAGCCCGACAAGGCUGCUGCCGAGAAGGCCGCCAAGGAGCUCGCCGAGGUGGAGGUGGCCAACGACCAACCUUCCUCCCCUGCAGCCCCUGCCCCAGGCAAGUACCUGAGGGUGGGAGACGACCUGUUCAUCCACCCCCUGGGGACGACAAGUACCAGGGUGCCAGCCGAAGGGGAGGUGUUUGAUGAUGAGGCGCUCGCCACAUCCGGGCUCUAG